UUUGUGUACUCAAAUGAAAAUGUUGUUCCUUUCUAACCCUUUUCUCCUUAGGGUGUGGUACGUCGGCCACGAUUUGGUCUAUUGUACCAGCUCCGGAUGAUAUAUGAUGAUGAGGAUCGGUAUCAUGGUUACUUUAGCCAUCUGUUUUCCACAGAUCUGCACAGUUCUAGCCGGUUCUAAAUACAUGGUGUUAGCUAUGAUAGCAAUCUCUUUUCCUGAAUUAAUGGCAUUAAGUGUAGCAACUGUUUUUUUUAAAUGUCUGUAUCUUAAUGUUGUCGCAACCACUUGUUUUCGUGAAACAUGUGAAAUUAUAACCACAGUCUGAAGUGUUGUUCCUUGUCAUCAGAGGUUGGUUCUGGGAAGUUGUUCGCUUCACACACUUGAACACCGACGGAAAGACCGAGGAAUUUUGUCAAGUAGAAUGUUGAAAUUGUCAUUAAGUUCUGCUAUUACCAAACCAGAUAUUCCGAUAAGCUAUAUGAGAAAACCCGAAUACUGAGGGAACUGUAGAAACGAAAGACCGUGGUAGAUACAUUGUUAUGUAUGAUUGACACUGAAGGGCGAGGUCAGAGGAUAUAUAUGUGGUGGGAUGGAUGUACCCAAUGACGAGAUGAACUGCUAAAAGAUGAUGCCUGGGACAUAUUUCCUCACUUAUAUGGUAACCUGAUCUAAAGAAAUAAACAAGAUGGCAGCACCCAAUUUCCAGGGCCGGCACAUGCGACAGCCCAGCAAAAACACACUUCUUAAAGUGGUCAUACUUGGGGAUGGUGGCGUUGGUAAAUCAUGCCUCAUGAACCGUUUUGUGAGCAAUCAUUUUGAUGAGCAUUCAUUCCACACCAUUGGAGUGGAGUUCUUAAACAAAGAUAUUGAGAUAAAUGGAGAGGUAUAUACUCUUCAAAUAUGGGACACAGCUGGACAAGAGAGGUUCAAAAGCUUGCGCACUCCAUUCUAUCGAGGGUCAGACAUCUGUUUACUGACUUACGCAGUUGAUGACCGUACCAGUUUUCGUAACCUUGCUUUGUGGAGAAAUGAAUUCCUGUAUUACGCUGAUGUAAAAGAGGGCAUGACAUUUCCAUUUCUGGUCGUGGGUAACAAAGUGGAUGUGAGUUCUGAGCAGCGUGAGGUUUCCUGUGAAGAGGCUCGUGCCUGGUGCAUGGAGAAUGGGAACCCUCCACAUGUUGAGACCAGUGCCAAGGAUGCAACCAAUGUGGAGCAAGCUUUCUCAUUGGCUGUGGAGAGUUGGGCACACCUGGAAGCCAAGUUGGAUAGACCUUAUAUUGGUGAUACAGUUGAUCUGCGACGACAGCAGCCUGAACAGAGGUCAUCCUGCUGCCUGUCUGUGGGUGGUAAUACUGAAUAGUGGUGACAUGACUGACACAUGUCCUUCAGAAUCUGUUUGAUGCUUCUUGUGGCUUUUAUAUUUAAGGCAGCAGGAAGUUGUUUAUUUCUGAGAAUUGUAUUGUCUGGUGGUUAGGAAUGUCUUGUAUUUUAUUGUAUUGUAUUGUAUAUGUAGUGAAGCUAUCACAUUGCACAGCAUACAGUCAUAGCUGUAUCUCACAAUGACAGCAUAUUCUAUAGUAGACUGGUAAUUCUUAAUGAGAACUAUAUUAUCAAUGGCAUCCCUACAUAAUGCAUUGUAAUUCUCAAUAGCAAUUCACCAAGAUAGAGAUAGAGAAAUACAAAUUAUCUUUUUUUCUUCACUAAAUUUACUUUUGCUGAGCCUUGUUUUGGUAGUCUCUUAGUGUUCUGAUUUGUUGCAAAAGAGUAUUUGUAUUGCAUAUUGAACUAUGAUGCAAGAAUUGUGUGUUUCUGUAUCUUGAGCUAUUGCCCGCCUGCAUAUGUGGUGGCUUCUCUUCUAUAAAAUAAUAGAUACUUGCUAUGUAAGCUAGUCAUAUUUGUGGCACUGCUAUUGGCCUUAUAUUUAAAUGUUAACAAGUGAGACAUUUCAAAGUAUUCCCAUCAUGUAUUAAGCACACACUUGAUAAUUCUAGUCUUGUGACUUCAUGAAGUACCAAUAUAUCAGUAUUUUAUUUUAAGUUCAAUUUCAGGCUUCAUGGUGUGAUAUAAUUGUUGAAGUGUGCGUGUGCCUCAUCCUUCAUUGUAUGUCUCAGGAAUAUUGCCUCUUUACAAUGGCUACAGUGCUUCUCAGUGUAACACAAAAUGUGUAGUUAUUGUUCAUGGACUUCAUAGAUCUGUGUGCAGUUCAUUUGUUGCUAUCAUAAAUAUCAUCAUGCUUAUACUGAUCUUUAUGACAUGUGAAAUGUUAAAAGUAUAUAAUUUAAAAUUUUCUGUAAGUCUAGUAGUCAUAAUUAAUCUCAUCCAGAUGUCUUCUUUUAUGAGGUUUAAAAAUGAAACUCUCACAUUUUUGGUGGGUUGCAAAGAACAGUAUUUUCUUCCAGUGGGUUAUAAAACAAAAUUGGUCAUUCUGCAUUUGUGAAUGAAUUUCUUUUCAGACAAGAAUCUGUUUUCUCAGUUUCACUGUUCUCUUCCUUCAGAGCACUGGUACUCAUCUGUUUUUCAGUUACCAUAUAACUUUUAUUGAUGAUUCAUAUGUUAAGAAAAUAUUCUAAGAUGCUGCAUGGAUAUGUCAAGAAUGGUUGGUGGAGAAUUAAAUCUGUACAGUAUUGGGGAUUUUGUUGGAUGCCCCUGUGGUACAUUAAUGGCUAAUCUCCAGCUUGCUUAGGUCCUAAUGUCUGGCAUGUAUGUGUAUUAGAGGAUCCCCAUUUCUCAGGUUAGAGAAGGCAUAAAAGAAAUAUAUUAGCACCAUUCCAGUCAGCCACCAGAAUAUGCAAGUAGAUCCAGAUCUGAAGUGUUUCUGUUUGAGUAUGUCUGACAGUGUCUGACACAAUUUCCAUAGUAAUGAAGUAAACAUAUUUAUUUAGGGAGGAAUUAUGAUAUUAAUUCAGAUAUUUUAAACUGGGUCAACAAUACCAAUGGAAGAAACUUAAUUCGUCUUCAUUCAUUGUUAAGAUGUACAGUAAAGGAGAGUGAAUGUGAUAAUUUGUAUCCAGACAACACGGAAGAAAACAGGAUACAUUGCAAGAAAUCCUUUUCAAUGAUUUGAAUUUCAUUAGAUUUGAUGUUAUACCAUAAACAUAAAAUUUCCUUUAAAUCUAUGGAAAUGUCAUGAGAUUGAUAAUUUGGUAUUUAUUUUACUGCAAGUGGAGAUUAAAUACAAAGAAUUAAUGCUGUAAGCAAAGCAUUUGUACAAGAAGAGUUGUGUUAAUGUUAUAGGUGCAGUUGGAAUAUUUCAUGAGUCUUAAGUUUACAUUUAAGAACUUAUCAAUGACUUAUAUUUUAAACAGUUUCAUGAUUUAAUUUUUUGUUUUUAUUUCUUUUAUAAAUAUAUUCAUAUGACAACCAUUGGUAUACAGUACACUUACUGUAGUACAAUGUAUAGUCUUCUGAUAUGUUGAAUAAAAUUAUUCUUAUUUUGUUGUCCAUAA